AUGGUGAUGCUUUUUAUGUCAUUUGGAUAUGGUGAUGAGAUUGUUCCGAGUGAAGCUGUAAGUGUCAAAGAAAUAAUGAAAUCAGUUAUUGAGAGUUUGCCAGUGGGCAAAGGAGGUUACUCGUUUUCAAACUUUGAGACUGUUGUUUAUGACUAAUGUGGUAACUCAAGAUCCAUUGUCUUGAAUGGUGAUAGCUCUACUCUUGAUCAAUAUGAUGAAGAUUUGAAUAUAGUUGAAGAAAAGAAAUAUCUUAGAGAGCCGUUGUUUCAAACUAUUAACGACUCUUGCUUUUGA